CAAGUCACCCUAACAAUGUGAUGAUAGGACCCACACAGUCUGAAUGCAAGCGAAACGGUCUGCAGCAGUGAACGAGCAGACUACCCUAUUAGCAUUAUAAUAAGGGCUUGGCGGAGGAAUGGGGGGGUAAUACGUCUAAGAAUAAGAAAACAUAAGGAUCAAAAUGGUAUCCUGGAUGAUAUCGAGGACGGUGGUCCUGGCCUUUGGGAUCCUGUACCCCGCCUACUCCUCCUACAAGGCUGUGAAGACCAAGAACGUGAAGGAAUAUGUCAAGUGGAUGAUGUACUGGAUUGUGUUUGCCAUCUUCACAACGAUAGAGACGGUCACAGAUCUCGUCCUAUCAUGGUUCCCCUUCUACUUCGAGCUGAAGAUCGCCUUCGUCAUCUGGCUGCUGUCCCCCUACACCAAGGGCUCCAGCGUGCUCUACCGCAAGUUUGUGCACCCCACGCUGUCCAAGAAGGAGAAGGAGAUAGACGAGUACAUCAGUCAGGCGCGGGACCGCAGCUAUGACACCAUGAUGCGUUUCGGCAAGAGGGGCCUCAACCUGGCGGCCAACGCAGCCGUGACCGCUGCCUCCAAGGGGCAGGACGUGCUGUCAGAGAAACUACGCAGUUUCAGCAUGCACGAUCUGACGCUGAUCCAGGACGAGGACGAACUACACCUGCGCAAACCCGACGCCCGUCAGCGCAGCUCCUCUGGCCUCGGGGAUGAUGUAGGAGUCGGGGGAACUCUGCCUCGCGCAAAAGGCACGACUCGUCAAGCCCGCGUAACGCCCACACCUUCUGACGAGUCCCGCUCGAGUUCCAAGGCUGACGGUGACCAAUCGGACGCCAGGACGGAGCAGUCAGACGAGGACGUGGUGGAGAAGGUCCCGAAACGCACGGCCAGCGUGAAGGCCAAGAAACCGGCCGCAGCCAAGGCCGAGAACAAGACGGUGAAGAAACAACCAAAGAAGAAGACCUCUCCUACGGGCAGCACGACCGCAGAAACCCCCUGACCUGACUCUCUCCGGCGCCGACACAACCGCACUGUCCAUCUGUACGUCUGUCUGUCUGUCGGUCGGACCAUCUGUACGCCUGUCUGUCUGUCUGUCUGAUUUGCACUUGCACAUUCUCUCAUGCGCGCUGUCUUACACACACACACACACUCAUGCACGGUUGCUCACACUAACAGACACAUACAUACACACACAAGAUUUUCGUCUGUGGGUAGAUCCAUUUAAAAGCUAUAAGUAGAGGGUCUUUCAUAAGCCAUAAUACGGGUAGAUGCAGCAGGAACGCCUUCCUCCUGUGUGGCUCUGGUUUGUAAUCUUUUGUG